AUGGCGUCCAGGACGACGACUGCCCUGCCGUCGGCCGUCCUGAUCCUCCGGCUCCUAACCCUGGCCCUCCUCGCCGCCUCGCUCGCCCUCAUCGCCGCCGACAAGCUCACGGUCGACAGCGACCCGCCGCAGAGGUUCACCUUCAAGGACGUCCACGCCUACCGCUACGUCCUGGCCGUGGCCGUCGUCGGGUGCGCCUACACGCUGCUGCACCUCCCGUUCGCGGCUGCCAGCGUCGCCUGGAUGAAGCGGCUCGUCGCCGGCAGCGGCAGCGAGGACGACGUGGCGCUGCUCCUCAUCGUCUGCGCCGACGUGGCCUUCGCGCUGCUGCUGGCGGCGGGCGCCGCCGCGGGGCUCGGCUUCACCCACGACGUGAAGCGCUACUUCGACGGGGUGGUGCUCCACCGGGACGUGGACAGGUUCUUCGACCUGGCCUACGCCUCCGCGGGGCUCAUGCUGGCGGCCGCCGCGUGCACGGCGCUCAUGAUCAUGCUCUCCGUCUACUCGCUCGUCAAGUGA